AUGCCUAAGAUGAAAUUCAUUGUAACUCGUAAUGAUGACAAUUUAUCACUUGGUGUAGGUGUGGAUGAACGCGAGCAUUUGACCUGCCUACGUCAUUCUUCAAGUCUAGCAUUAUUGCUCUGGGUCUCCGAUUGGAACAGCUCAAGGAUGAAAGUUGAAUUACUUCCUUCGAGUUCCUCUUACACUGAUGAGGAUGACAGAAAUCUGAAGCAAUUGCUCGAGGCUUUUAGUUCUGUCGUCUCUCUCGAGGACAUCGCGUCGGCCUAUUGCGAAACUGGUCGAGACUUAAACUCGACUGCUGAACGACUCUGUAUCUUGCUGAGUAGCCAUAGUGGAGCUUCUUCGCAAGUAGCGCCAGAUAAUGUUGAAAACACGUUUAGUUUGUCCUCUGGAUGUGCAUCCAAUGACAUUCCGGAUAAUGCUCUUUUAACUAAACCAAAGACGAAGAAAGUUUCAGCAUCUGUGGGGUCCAUUUCUGAUGUGAUUGGCAAAGAUUACUUUAGAUCUAGAAAUAAGUCAGAUGGACAGACUCAGAAGUUGAAACCAGUGAAAAUAAAUUCAGAUGAAUUUCCAGAUUCCAUGAUCUGGGAUGAGAAAAAGGAGUCAGCCUCUUCCUCGCAUGGUGAAUCCAUGGACAGGGAUAUUCAGGAAUUUCUUUGCAAAAUGCUCGAGGAUGGAUUCCAGCUAGAAAAGAAUGUGAUCCAGGAUGUUAUGGGUGAAUGUGGGUACAAUAUCCCAAUGAGUAUUGAUAAACUGAUUGACCUAUCCGCUGCAAACCUAGAGAAGAGUGAUGAUGUUAUUGGCGUAACUUCUGGAAAUACUACAAAGAACAGCCUUGGUCUGGGUUCCAGUUCUAGCAGAACACAAGCACCAGCUAUUCCUUUUUCUGGAAGGCCAUACAAUGGUAUGAGCUGGGCAGAUGAAGUUGAACUAUCCGAGGCUGGAACAAAAACGAAAGAUGUACAAAGAGAAGUUCUGGAGGCACUAUUUACCGGGCCCGACAGGUUCGAAAAAAAAGUGUCCGCUCCUCCAGUUAGACCAAUUCGGCGGUCAUCAGCCCACGGUGCGUGCAAAUUUUGUGCAUUAGGUGAUGAAUCUGACAAGAUGAGUUAUGAGGACUUGAGAAAAGCUGUGGCUGAGUAUUGGGUCAUUAUGAAAGAGUACUAUAAGGCUUCGGUGGAAGCAUAUACUAGAAAGGAUUAUGAAAAUGCGUCAAAGCUUCUGGAAGAGGGCAACUUCUAUAUGAGGAAGGCUCGUGAAGCAGAUGAACUAUCUGCAAAGAAGCUUAUUGAGGACAGUGACGAGGAGGAAGAAUUCUCCAUUAACAUGCACUAUCUGGAUCCAAAGGAUGCUCUGCAGAAUAUGAGGCUUCAUUUGACUACUCUUUCUGGUUUGCCAUGUUUUGGAGUUGAUGUUUAUAUGUCAGCUGUUCGCUAUCUGAAGGCUGUAGUUGGGACAGAUGGUAGAGACAAAAAAGAUGGGCGGCGUAAGCGUCUGAUCACUAAGCUUCUGGAGAAGGAGGGAAUCCCUUGGACUGAGGAAGGAAAUGGAUGGAUAAUAUCAAUUCGGGCAGACGAACUUGAUCCAAGGAGUCUGAGUUUCGCCAGCAAAUGAACAAAUUAAAAUGUAAUUAGUUUUCGAUUUUAUGCUACUAUCUCAGAGAAGCUCACAAUGAGGGCCAUCUUAUUUUGUCUCAUUUGUGCCCUUCUUUAACUAUAGAGCUAUCGAGGAAGUACGUGCUUUUUGUUUCCCUUUACUUACACGGGAAUUUUAUGCGCCGAAAAAAGAGAAAUAACUUUUAUGAUUGCAUGUAAUCAAAACCGUGCUUGUUAUGAGAAAAAUGAUAGGGAAAUGUUUGAUGCCAUGCAUGUUAGGUGUUAUUAAAAAAAAUGAUGAGAAAAUUUUCGCAUUUAGUGCAAAUUACUGUCAAAAUUGUGGGAGCACCAUCGUGUCUCCCUUAGCAGUUCACUUGAUUUGGCGUUAAG